AUUCGAAUAUUGUGUUUUGUGUAGUAACAUAAUAGAAAUUCGAAUAUCGUGUUUUGUGCAGUGUUUAGUAACCCAUAUUAGAAAACGAAACCCAUUAGCAAUCUAAUCAUUAUGCCCCGUCCUACAAGAUCUAAAAAAUCUAAAGUGAAAUUGCCAGUGUUGACUUCGCCACAGGAGCCAUUGUAUUCAUUGCUUUGUGGCGAAACACAAGAAUCACGCCACUUUCUUGCAAAUAGUCGAAAAUACAAUAGUUGUUUCCAAAUGACAUCAUUUGGGGCAGACAUUAUCGAAGACGGAGGACUUAAUACGACAUUUAAGAUACAAGGACAGAUUCACCAUCGAGUUGGAUUAUUAAUACCUUUCGAAGAUACACAGAAUAAAUUUUUACAAAUAUAUUUCAUGGGCAACAUGGAAGAACAAUUUGAUCGACGUCUAGGGAUCAAUGCAGGAAUGAAGCGAGAAAUUAUUCAAGCCUUGCAGUGUCUGCUUCAUGCGUUGGUCAGGUUGUUUAAGAGUGCUUUAGAGUGCACGCCAAAUGAUGACUAUAAAAAUGUCAUCAAAGCAGAUAAACGACCAUCUGGAACACACAUUUAAUGCUCCAACAGAAGACGAAGUUGCUAUCCUGAUUGUUGGAACAAUUGGAAUUGUUGACAAUUGUGAACAAUUGGAAAAACGCGAUAUUGUGCUUACACGUCGCGAUACUGAGCAACUACAACAAAUAUCUGAAACUCAUCGAUCAUAUGACGCAUUGCAAUACCCACUGAUGUUUUGGCAAGAAGAUGGAUAU